AUGUCGUCAGGCACCAGGGUAUCAACCCACGAGCGCCGUGCGAACGGCGGCACAGCACCCGCACCCGAUCAGGAACGAACUUCAAGAACAGCGCGCAUGAACGCCGCCGCAGCGGGCAGCGGCCAGACAAACUUCAAAAGCGAACGCAGCGAGAGGACUGAUGCGCGCCAACGAGAACGCGACCGGGACCGGGAACGUGAACACCAACCACGCGAGAGGGCCGCAUCACCGGGGAGCAAUGCGCACAAGCGGUCUGCGUCGGGGAAUCCCCGGAGCCGGGCGCCCGAUGACAGGCGUGUGGAGGAGCGGAGGACGGAAAGGACGUACGUGACGCAACUCGAAACCAUGGUCCAGCGGACUAGGAGUUCCGAGAGGGGAGAACGGAGAGGCGGAGGUGAUAAGGGGAAGCCUGCCGAGGCCAAGUCGCGAACGGCCGAGCCAAAGCCAAAAGAAGCCAAGGUUGACGGUCCACCAGCACCGUGGAACCCGGAAGCGACACUUCUCCCUCACACAUCUGCUCCCCUGGCUUGUCGAAUAUCAAUACCACCGUUGGCAUCUCAGGCGCCACAAUCUCAACUGCCGAAACCAUUGAACGAGCUAUCCCUUGAGGUGCAAGAGGCGGUGAUCCUGGAGGACCUACUGUUUGUCUUCAUGGGUUAUGAAGGCCAGUACAUCCGCUUCGCCAAGACGUACAACCCCCAUGAAGAGAGGGAUCGGUUAUCAGGGCCGACGUUCAGGAUACUACCCGGUCUGGAUCCCAGUCUGCACGAUCUAACCGUGUCGAUGCUGAAGAUGGCAACCUACUAUUCGGCUCUAGAGAUGUUUGUCGACGUACAGAGUAGGGAGGAGUUUGGCGCCGUCAACCAUGCGCUAUGCGCCUCUAUCCGGAAGUUCCUUCACGACUACCUCGUUAUGAUUGCGCAGCUGGAGACACAGUUCUUGACGAACGAGACAUUCACUCUCCACGUCUUGAACAUCCACACACUGCCCACCAGCCAGAUGAUGUCACACCUGUAUUCUCUGGCACACGACCUACUGAAGAGGAACGCGCUGCUGGAUGACGAUGACGAGGAAGAAAGCGACAGCGCGGAUGAUUUUGAGAACAUUCUUGAGUCGUUGCGGGAAGGCGGCGACCUGGCACCGGGCUCGGGAAAGAAGAUUUGCAAGGGAGGCGUCGUGCUAGGACUAAUCACAAAAAGGCUGGAGUCAAUGUCCGGAGACCCAGCGGCGCGCGCUCUCUUGACUUCGCUACUGCGCGACGCCAGUAGACCAUACAUGGUAAUGCUCAACGAAUGGCUUCACCACGGAGGUAUCAACGACCCCCACGCCGAGUUCUUGGUCAAGGAGCAAAAGAGCAUCCGCAGAGAACGCUUAGAGCAGGAUUACACGGACGAGUACUGGGAGCGACGGUACACCAUCCGGGAGCAUGACAUACCCCCGCAGCUGGAAGGUGUCAAGGACAAAGUCUUGUUGGCCGGCAAGUAUCUCAAUGUCGUCAGAGAAUGUGGUGGUGUGGACGUCAGCAAGGUCGUCCAGGACGUGCCCACAUCCUUUGACGACAGCCGUUUCCUGGAGAACGUCAACAGCGCCUACGCGCACGCCAACGAGUCGCUCAUGCAGCUGCUCCUGACGACGCACUCGCUGCCGUUGAGGCUGCGGUCGAUGAAGCACUACUUCUUCCUGGACCCGUCUGACUACUUCUCAUACUUCCUCGAACUCGGCGCCUCGGAGCUGCGGAAGCCCGUCAAGUCCGUUAACACCGGCAAGCUGCAGUCGCUUCUCGACCUGGUCCUGCGUCAACCGGGCAGCAUCGUCUCGCUCGACCCCUUCAAAGAAGAUGUCAAGGUGGAAAUCAACGAAAUCACUCUCAUCAAGUCUCUGCAGCGCGUCGUUAAUAUCACAGGUAUCGAACAGGGCGAGACGCUGCAGCCCUUGGCAAAUCAGCCGAUUGAGAACGACAAGAACGCCAUCGGCUUCACCUCGUUGCAACUUGACUACGCGGUGCCCUUCCCCGUCUCCCUAGUCAUCAGCCGGAAGACUGUGUGGCGGUAUCAAGCGCUGUUCCGCUACCUUCUUUCGCUGCGCUAUCUCGAGUCCCAGCUGUCGGCGACGUGGUACUCGCAGACAUCCGGCCUGACGUGGGCACACAAGAGCUCCUCACGCAGCCUCGAGAUUUGGAAACGUCGCGUGUGGACGCUGCGCGCGCGCAUGCUUGUUUUUGUGCAGCAGCUUCUCUACUUCUGCACGGCCGAGGUCAUCGAGCCCAAUUGGGCAAAGUUCAUGUCAAGGCUCAGGGUCAGUGAGGAGGGUCAGGAGGCGGCUUCGGGCGGCGCUGCAUCGGGCCCGACGAGGACUGUAGACGAGCUCAUGCAGGACCACGUGGAUUUCUUGGACACGUGCUUGAAGGAAUGCAUGCUCACCAACAGCAAGCUUCUGAGAAUCCACUCCAAACUCAUGCAAACCUGCACGAUUUUCGCAACCUACUCUAAUUGGCUCUCCCGCGAGCUGGAAAAGGCGGACCCGGAUCUUUCCGGUACCACGCGGCCCUCCAACAUGACGCCCGAGCAGUGGCGCGCCUUUCAGGCUGUCAGGACGCAGAAGCCCACGACGGGUUCGCACAGCGACUCGACAUCGUCGGCGGGGCCGGGCGCGAGCGACCAGCAGCAGCAGCAGGACGCGCGCGUGGGAAACUUGUUCGAAAUCAUGAAGAAGUGGGAAGGAAACUUUAGCAGGCACCUGCAGAUCCUGCUCGACGCGCUGAAUCACUACGCCGCGACUGAGACGGUCGUUCUGCUCAGUCUCUGCGCGCGGCUCAGCACGGCGAACCAGGGAACCGAGUACGCCGGAUUACGGACUGAGGACGACAGCGUUGUGUAG